CAGCUGGCCUGAUGGGGCAGUGCUCUGCUGGUGUGCGGUCGUAGUGGGUAAAGUCGGUUACAAAAGUUUUUGCAAGCAUUGCUCUCGACAGUCUUCGCAUAAACUUCUAAGCAAACAGAAGAGUUACUGCAGUGCCGUACAGUUGAAUAGACGAAGCGAAAUUCGAAACAUUUUCUACUAAACGCGAAUGAGACGCAUCGCGGUGUACUGGUUAGCCACAACAUAAAGCAUAACAAUAAAAAGCAAAAAUAAAAACAAAAAUAUCGUAAAAAAUAUUUAGAUGCAAAGAGACAAAACAAAUAAUAAACUAGUAAUUGUUAAGGCAAAAGAUUGAAGAGCUGCAGGAAUGGCUAAUAUUCGAAAGGUUUAAAAAGUCAGCAAACAACAACAACACAUGUAUGUAUGUACAUAUGAAUUUUAAAACCUCGCUCAACGCAGUUAUAAAUCUACAAAAUUUAACGAAAAGUACUAACAACAAUUCACCUCACUACGCUGACUAAAGUACCUCGAUGAAGCAUACAUACAUACACGCAUAUGUAUAUAAAAUUUAAAAGUUAACAAGUCGCGCCUCUUGCCUUCACUUGUAACCAAGACUGUUAGUGUAAUCCUUACGAAGGCAUUCGGCAAGUUUUUAAACCCAACCUUCUAAGUGAAAUCUAAGCGAUUGCGUUGCUGAUCGCAUCAUCAACAAAAACAAAAAUUUAAUAAUAGUUAUUAAUAUCGGCAAAAACCGUAAAUAAAAAAUUGCAGCACCAGAAAGUGUCAGCAACACCGGUUUGAAAUCGGCCGCGAGCAUUUCGUAAACAGCAAACAAAGAAGCGCUUAGAAAUCAGGUACGAUUAGCACAACAACGACAAAACGAAGCAUACAUUGAAAAAGAAGCCACAAGCGCCUUGUUCGAGUGUGACAGUUGAGACGCGUGAAUCAUUCGACGACACGUCACCAGUGCGCCGGAGAACGCGGGGUGCACGUGUCUGCUGCCAACAAAUUGGCGAUUGGUUGUGUUUAAAUCAUCAGCAGUCAAGCAAACGAAUUAAAAACGCUGCCAGCGACGACAGCCGCAGCAACUGCAGCCACAGCAGCCCACACGUUUUCUUGGAACGAAUCAAGGCAGUGCAGCCGCUAGCGAUAGCGAUUAAAGCUCAGCCACAAGCACCAGUUGGCAGUUGGAGCUGCCUUCCGCACGCGCUUACGUCCAGCGACAGUUGCGGGCGCGACUAAACACAGCAAAACCAGUUAAAUUGAAAACAUCGGCAAUAACAAAUUAGCGUCGCUUAAUUUAUUUGGUUUGUCGUCGUCAUCGUCGUUGCCGCUACUGCCGCUGUUGCUUCGUCUACGCGUCAACGCUUUUAAACUUUGUCGUUUGUUGUGUUUGGGUUGUUAAAGCGAUUCAUAUUUGGCGAUGGCGUCACAAGGUGUCGCAGCAGCCAAUUCAAGGCUGGCGCAAAUGCAGAUGCGUUUUCAGCAAAAACAGCAACAGGAGCGUGAGCAAAGGCGCUUGGAGAUGACUGACGAGGGUGCCGGCACUACGGAUGAAGUCGUUGGCGCAAAACGCAUUACAAACGGCAAGGUGCGCCAAAUGUUCGAUGAACGACGUCGUGGUGCUGGCAUUGAUCGCGCCAAUCCGCUUAAACCAAUCGCUUCUACGGCCAAAGCGCCGUCGCCUAUUGCUCGCCAAGCCGGUGGCGCCAUACAAAAUUUACAUCAAACGAAAAAUGGCAACACGCCGACGGUUAGAAUGCGCGUUGUGUCCAAUGCAAAUAAUGUUUCCACACAUGCGCGAAGUCCCCCGAAGCGGCUGCAAAACGGAAAUACCGAUGCGCUCAGCAAAGAGAUGUCAUCGCUCAGUUUGGGUUUGCACUCGCCAGAAGACCGCAACAAUAAUAGGAAUAACGUUGUGGGGCGCGCCAAAUCAUCCAACAGCCUCAAGUUAAAUCCGGUAGUGACGAAGAAGUCACCCACGCCGGCACCAGCAGCGGUGGCACAUACCGCCAAACGUCCGGCAAAUGCAUCAGCUACGGGUGCACGACAAACGCCAGUGCCUGCCACAAGUUCCACCGUGAGAAGCUCAAAACCCACUGCAGCAUCAAAUACGAAGACACCGCCAAGAACUUCGGGAAAUAUGGCUUCUGCUGCAUCCAUGAGAAUGCAACCCGCUGCUGAUAUAGAUUUGACCAACAUGGGACUGUGUCAAUACUGCAAUCGCCAUUUCAAUACUGAAAGGCUGGCAAAACAUGAGAAAGUAUGCGAGAAAAUGGUGCAUACCAAGCGCAAAAUCUUCGAUGCGGCUCGACAUCGUUUGCGCGGCACCGACGCCGAGAAGUAUCAGAAAAAGGGCCAAUCUCGCAAUAGCGCCAACAACAAAUCCGCCUACUCGAGUGCUGCUGCUGUAAGUGGCAAGCCGGCCAGCAUGAAGAAGAAUAAUUGGCGCAGGAAACAUGAAGAAUUUAUACAAGCCAUAAGAGCAGCCAAGCAGGUGCAGGCGCACUUGGCUCGUGGCGGCAAGCUGAGCGAUUUACCACCACCGCCACCUUCGGAGAACCCCGACUACAUUCAGUGUCCACAUUGCUCGCGCCGUUUCAAUGAGUCAGCCGCUGAGCGGCAUAUUCCACGCUGCGCCAAUAUGAUACACAACAAGCCGAAGCCGGGUCAGGCGCCGCCACGAAGGAGAUAGACUAGGAUCGGUGGACGCCAACAUAUUAAAAAUUAACCUUUUUAAACAUUUAAUUUCAUAGCAACUAACAACGUUCAAGUUUUGGUGCUCCGCUUACAGAAUCGUUGACCAGCUGGCUCAGGGUGCUCUCAACAUAAGGCCAAUUGUCUGCGUGGACUGCCAAGAAUUUAGAUGACGAUUAAUGUUAAUGUAGACAGUGGAAGGCAUUCACACCCUGUACAUGUGAUAAAUUAUUAUUGUAAACUUGACUUUUGGAAUAUUAUUAAAACAUAAACUAAAUCAA